AUGAAGAGGAGAUAUAGAACAUUUCUACCAAAUUCUCUGUCCUCGAGUCCCAAGAGAAAAGAACCUCCGAAGUUCAUCACUUCAUAUAGGCCUCCUGAUGCUCUGGAGACUGAACUGAUGUUUGUGAAGAUUGGAAAGUAUCAUUCUGGGACGUACAAGAACCCCAAACCUCACAACUUCAGACCACUUGAUGAGGAGCUUCCAGAUAUGAUAGCUGCACAUGAGAGAGAUCCUGGCAACUUGAAGUUAAAAUUAAAGCAUUUGGACACUUGUGACUCUGAGACAGAUUUUAGUUUCAGAGACACCAAGACACGGAUGGAUACCUAUAAACCUGCAGAGCCAAAAUGGGAUGCCCAACUCUUUCUCCCUCCACUGCCCUGGCCUCCAAAAUCAGCUUCCUACACUAGACACAAACGAAGAAGAGAAGCGUACAGUGCUUUCCUCGACCGUGUGGAAGAGAAACUUGGGAGAACCUGGAAAAAUAAACCGUGA